AUGAAGUUGCAAUCUACGUUGUAUAAUGUUGGUUACCCGGUAUAUGGAGCCAGGUUCCUUAAUAAUACGACUCUACUAGUCACUGGUGGUGGUGGCGAGGGCAAUAAUGGGAUACCUAAUAAGUUGACUGCUUUGCAGCUUAACUUUCAGAAGAAGAAAAUUGUAAAGAGGUUUAGGGAAUUGACGUUGAAUGAAAACGAUGAUUCUCCCACGACUUUAGAUGUGGCUCAGGAUAUUAUUUUGAUGGGGUGCAACGAGAACUCUCAAAAAAUUAAGUCGGGGCUUCCUAAUCAUCAUUUGAGGAAGUUUGUGUAUGAGAAUGAGCAUUUGAGGUUUGUUGGAGCGAUUGAUUUGAACCGGUCGGAUAAUCCCGAAGAUUAUACGAAAUUGUUGUAUAUGUCUCAAGAUGGGACGGUUGCGGCUAUUGCAUCAUCUGUGGUACCAACGAUAAUAAGGAUUGUGAAUCCUACGAAUUUGAGGGAGACUUAUGAGGUAGAAACUGGUAAUGAUGUCAAAGACCUACAUUUUUCUUCUGAUGGUAAGGUGUUAGCGUAUAUUACAUCUUCGACAUUGGAAGUAAUCUCUAUUGUGACUGGGAACUUCAUUGUGAGGAAGACGGAUUUUGACAGAAAUUUAAAUUUGUCCAAGAUUAGGUUUAUUGGUGAGGAUACUAUUUUGAUUGCUGCCUCUUUGAAAAAGAGUUCUGGUGUUGCUUUGAUCAAGAUUAGUUUGAAGAAGGGCAACACCUCGAUUUUGAAGACGAAGAUUGUGACAAAAAAGUUCAAGAGUGUUACUUCUAUGGAUGUUGAUCCAAAGGGCCAGUUAGCAGUGCUUGCUGGUAGUGAUAAUUCUGUUGCUAUUAUCAAGCUAAAAAGCUUCUCCGUAGGUAAGUUUUUUAAGCAGGUUCAUACUUUUGCGGUAACUAGAGUCUCAUUCUCUCCGGACAGCAAAUUAUUGAUAAGCGUGUCUGCUGCAAAUACUAUACACAUUGUACAAAUUCCAGAUGAUUUUGCAACGAGAACUUCUGUUUGGGAGAAACUCUACAAGAUAAUUGUGAAUUUCUUGUUGGUUGUGAUCCUCGCUCUAUUGAUUCAAACUUCCUACAAGCAUGACUUACAUAUGAAGGCUUACGGUUCUGUUCGCAAAUUAUGGAACAGGGAUUCAAACAGUGGAAAUGCUUUCUUCAAUGAUUUCUUUCAACCUCAAAAAACAUUGGUUGGUGAUGUUAUCACCUCAAAAACUGAACCACUCAAUACUGAACACUCAUUUGUUAAUACGAAUGACUGGUUAACGGAAGUACGUCUGUCCACUCUAGAUAUCCCUUUAACAACCUCCCAGAUAUACGAGCUAGAAGCAACAGCUACUGACAUUUUGUAUAGUGAGUCACAAGAAACUUUUGACAUAGUAAGCGGGGUAUCACAUUCAGGAAAUAUAAAUUAUGUUUCCUCUAAUAUAGUUGCUUCUUCAAAAUCGAAUAAUUAUGAAGAACCUGUCCAGUUUGAUUCAUAUGGUUUAGAAUCAUUAUCAAUUAGUAAAAGCGAAGGUACUCAUGUCUCAACCACUGAAAGCCAUGUAGCCAGUUCUGAUACAACUACAAACUUAAAUGAGGGGGCAUAUGUUUUGACUCGUGCGGCUCAGCGGCUAACUCUUCAACUUGAAUCUUCUGCUAAUAAAGGUUCAAAAGAUAUUCAUGAAAUAGCACUUGAGUCUCUAUCUUCUAAAUCAAUUGAAUUAGCUUCUCCUAUUGCUACAAAACCCAGCCUGUUGAUCGAGUCAAUUAGGGACAGGAUCUCUUCCUCCGAUGAUUCGGAUUCUAAAGAAUUUACGCUAACUUAUUCUACUCAUAAUGAUCCACAGAGCGUUGAUAAAGAUAUUCCUACAACUGCUACUAGUAAUGAUCAGUACUUGGGUAUUGAGGCUAACUAUUCUAAAAUCAAUCUGGCACCGGAAAAUUCAAUAUUCACCAGUAGUGCUUCUGAAAGUUCUGGGGCAUCAAUGCCUGUCAGCGGCAGGUUAAGUUUGUUGGCUGAAUUGGAAUCCGAUCUAGAUAUAGCUGAUCAAACUACCGCGUCUUUUAAUUUAAUAACCAACUCUACCAAUAUCAUUCCCACAGGAUCUUCUGUUAACAAACUAACGACAUUAACUAAUAAGGUUCCAUUGGCUACCAAAAGAGAGAAUUUUGGGGGACAAAUUAUAAUACCGAGCGCCGUAAUAAAUGUAUCCGGUAUAUUGGACGAUUACUCUGUUGGAUUUAUGGACGAGAUAUCCUCCAAUAAUAAUAAUAAUAACCCAACUUUUACGCAGGAUAAUGAAGUCGCAGAAGAAGAACAGGAAAAUAAGGAUAUAGAACAUGGCAGCAAAAUCUUGGCUGAUCUAGCAUCCUUCAAAUCUUCAUUGACGAUAGUCAAUAGUGAAACCACCCUGAAUCCAGAAAUACUAUCCUCCACAGCUGAUAAGGUUGAUUUUGAAACGUUCAUUUUAUCGAGUUCAAAGGAAACAUCUAGUCAUGCAGAUGCCUCUACCCCACCAAAAGACAAAGAUUAUGGAUCUCAAGACCAAAUGAUUGAUCUUGAGGAGAAGUUCUUGGUUAUUACACCGGUUGAUGAAUCCACAGAAAUAAAACCCAUAUCUCUUCCAUCUUCUAAUGGCAAUUCAGAUUUCGUAAAAGAUUUCAAGGAAACCUCAUCAUAUGAAGCUAUAGAUUCGAGUGAACAAACUAGUCGCAAAGGAAUAUUACAUGCUGUUUCUGAGAUGGCCAACUAUGUUAAAGGUUCAUCUUCUAAUCUUGAAACCCACAAGAUGGUGAAUACCGUGACAACAACCGUUACUGAAAAUUCAUCGCUUCCAUCAGUAGAACUCGAUUCUGCUUCUAGUAUAGAAGUAAUUACUGUGAAGGAAAUAGUAAAAGAAACGGUUUUUGUCACCGAAAGGGUAGUCGAAACCUCAGCUGCUGCAUUGGAACAUGAUGAGUUAUAA